GUUUAGAGUUGAUGUUUCAGGAUUUAGGGUUCGUAUUUAAAAGAAAUAUAUGGUUUAGGAUUGAUGGUUUAGGGUUCGUAUUUCAAAAAAAAUAUAAGGUUUAUGAUUGAUAGUUUAGGGUUUAGAGUUGAGGUUUAGGGUUUGAAUGUUGAAAUAGGGUUUGAUGGUUAAGGUUUAAAAUUAUUUUUUAUUUUUUUUACAUUUUUUAUUUAUUUAAAUAUUUAUUUAUUAUAUAUAUAAAGAACAAGGACACAAGAGUUUUUUGUCACUUAAUGAAUAAAGUGUUUUUGACAAUGUCUUUUUAGUGAUGGUAAAAAUAAAAAGUGGUAUCAUAUGAAAGUGGUAUCAUAUGAAAGUGGUAAACAUAAAAUUUCCCUAUACAAAUAUUCAUUAAAAUAAUCAAAUAGUCUUUUUUUUAAUGAAACAAACCUAAAGAUUUUUAUAAUCUACAAUAUUUUUUUAACUAAGGUCAUUAAAAAUAAAACAAAGUGCAUGGUCCAUGUUUAGAAAACAUUAUUAAACUAAUCAACAUUAAAUACAAAUUGAAAAAAGAUUUCACACGAGUUCUAUCAGAAAAAAUAUUUAAAGAAAACUGCUAAUAAAAUAUAUGAAAACAUAAAAAAACUAAAGAACUUCACCAAAUAAAUUAGUUAAAAAUUUAUUAAUAUUUACAAAUAAUAUUAACAUAAGUGUAUAUUAGCUACAACAAAAAAUAAAGAUAUAGAGAAUAUUUAUUAUAAUCAAUUGGAGGCUAUGUUAUCUAAUAAUAAUAAUCAAUAAACUAAUAAAAUGAAAUUUUGACAAAAUUCUAACAAUUAGAAAAACAUAUAUAUAUGUGAACUAAUAAAACAUCAUAGUCCUGAUAUUAAUUAUACUAUAACUAGAUCAAGUAAAAAAAAUGUUUCUAAUGUUAUAGAUUUUAUAUGUUCUUAUUUUAAUUAAAAAAUUACUUAACGUUAAUUACAAUUUUAUAUAUUUAUUUCUUAUUUUAUUAUAUCUAAAUAAUAUUUAAUAUUAUUUUAAAUUUCAUCAAAAUAUUUAUUAUGAUUAAAAUCAAAAUCUAAAAUUGUAAGGAUAAAUUUCAAUUAUACCACAAGUUUGAUACCACUUUUCAAAUUUACCAUCAAUGGAUGACUAUUUUCACAAAUAACCUAAAUUUGUGAUAAAAUAACACUAAGUUAAUUUUUUUAAUAUUUAUAAAAUAUUUAUUAACCUAAUCUGAAUCCCUUAAUACUAAACCCUAACAAUAAUUACUAAAACCUAAAUCCAAAUGUUAGUAUAUUUUUUGAUUGGUGGUAUUUUUGUAAAGUGGUACUUAAUUUGAAGUAUUUCUAUCAAUUUUUGAAAUUAUAAUAUCAAAUAUGUAUUUACAAGAACUAAGUAAGAUUAUUUGAAAUACAUAUAUGCACAUAAUAAGUAUAUAAUAAUCAUUGUUUCAUGGUAAAGGUUUGGUAAAUAAAAAGAAAAAGUAGACAUUGUGCAUGUGGAGUAAUUUUUAAUGUCAUUCAAGGCCAAUUUGGCUAGAAAACCAUGAAAGCAAAGAUAAUUAGGCAUCAAUGGAAAAAAAUUCUUCUUUAGGUGAUCGGUUAAAAGCACCAAAGCAAAGUUAUCCCUUGUCUUUGAGUGAAAGUAGAUAUGCCUUGCUUGAGUUAUUAGUGACGUUUUGUGUUACACAUAUUUCCACUUGUAUUUUUGCUAUUUUUUUAAUCAAAAUUUCUAUUUGCAGUUCAGAUUCAAAAAUCACAAAAAGAUAAUCAAAUAAAAUGACGGUUAUUUUUUCAUGUUCAGAUCAGAUUUUAGAUCAAAAUUUGAGUAUUUUUAAGGAAUUAAUUAUUUUCAAGUAUUUUAUGGAUUUCACAUAUUUUGGGUCUUCAAAUUUUUUUUUUUGGAUUUUAAAUGUCUGAACCAAUCCGAAACUUGUAAGAACCAAAAUCGAACUUUUUUUAUUUCACAUGUCACCACUAAAAAAUAAUAAAUAAAAAUUACUAAAACCCUAAAUCUUAAACCGUAAACUCAAAACCAUGGAGAGUGAACCCUAAACCAUAAAUCCUAAAACUUAAACCCUAAACUGAAAAUUUUAAACCCUAGUGGAUGAACCCUAAACCCUCAAUCCUAAACCCUAAACCUUAAAUAUUAAAAUACCCAAAAAUUUAUCCAAAUACCCAAAUUAUAAUUUUGAAGAUCUAAAAUUUUAUCAAAAAAAACCCAAAAUACAAAAAUCAUAAACCCUAAACCUUAAAGCCCUAAACUCUAAAUCGUAAACCUUAAACUCUUUGGGGGGGGAGGGGGGUGAACCCUAAAUCUUAAACCCUAAGUCGUAAAAUAUCCAAAAUGUUAUCCAAAUACCCAAAUUAUAGUUUUGAGAAUCUAAUUUUUUUUUCAAAAAGAUAAUCUAAAAUACAAAAAUUACAUUAUUGGAGGUGAUAGGCAUUUUUGCAUUUUUCAAGGAAAAUGAGGUUUCAUAGAAUUAUGAUAAUUUUGUUGACUCCUUUAGCUACAGUUGUUGCCUCUCGAUUUGUCAGACUAAUGCACAAAACUAAAUAUAAAUGUAAUUAUGGCAUAUAGAAAAAGUUGCACAGUAUAUUUGAAUGACAUUACCAAAUGCCUAAAUAAUCUUCCAAACGUGUAAAUCAUGUGCAAUUGCCCGUCAUUCAAAUAGAAAGAUGGAUAGAAAAACUAUAAUGAAAAUAUUUAUGACAGUGUAGUAGUAGUUAGCAUGCAUCGAACAAUUUAUAUAACUUUAUAAAACUUAUUAUUAAUAAAUAAUAUAGAUAUGUUUAUCAAUACACUUAUACAUUUACAUAUACAAACAAAAAAACAAGAGGACAAAUACCAAUUGAUCGUGAGAAAAGGAAAACCAAGGUCGACCGAGAAAAUUUAUUCGGUUAAGAUAUAACCGAACCGAAUCAUAUUUCCUUUUCUUGGAGUUUAGGCCGGCCAGCCCUAAAUAAUGCCUCCUCAAACGUCUCCUCUCCUUACAAAAUGGAUUUAGGGAAAUCGAAAAGCCACGGCUAGUCAACAAUGUCGACCAAACUUUUCUAAUUCCGGAAAGUAACACAAAGCUUGCUUCUUCCUCUUUUCUUUUUUCGUAAAUGCAUUACUAUUUUUGACCCCUUCACGUUCUUGGUGGAGCGCGUAUUAAACACUGCGUCAGAUUCGAAUCUCACGCGUCUUUCUUUUCCUUAACUUUUAGUUCUUCGAGCCCACAAGAAUCUCAUAUCUGUUUUCAUCUAAUUCGUGGGUCCAUCCUAAGAGAUGUGGUCGGCGGUGGGUGCUUUGAGGCGUAAGGCCGCGAGUAAAAGUUUUCCGAUAAGGUCAUGGCUCGGCGGUGGCGGUGGUUACAGAUGUCUCACAGUCGAACCAACGGAUAAGGCGGAGGAGAUAACUGUAGCGGAAGCGAAGAAGCUAAUGAGGUUAGUGAAUGUUGAUGAGAUGAAGAAGAAGCUCGGUUGUAUGGGGAAUGAUGAAACUGUCUCUUACACUAAACUCAUUGAGGCAUCUCAAGGUUUUGGUAUCGCUAUAUCUCUCGACGAAGCUCAUGCGUUCGCUCGUAUACUCGAUGAUGCUGGUGUGAUUUUAAUUUUCCGUGAUAAUGUCUAUCUUCAUCCAGAUAAGGUGGUGGAGUUGAUUAGAAAGGCAGUGCCUUCAGGUUUAAAUCCAGAGGAUGAUCCAGCUAAAUUCGAGUUCGAUAAGCUUAGGAGAAUGAAGGAAGAGAUUGAUGUGUUGGCACAUAAGCAAGUGAGGAAGAUUCUGUGGUGUGGUCUUGGCUACUCAGUGGUUCAGAUCGGACUCUUCUUCAGGCUAACCUUCUGGGAGUUUUCAUGGGAUGUGAUGGAGCCGAUUACGUUCUUCACUACAGCGACUGGGAUUAUUGUUGGUUACGGUUAUUUCUUGAUGACGUCGAGGGACCCAACUUAUCAAGAUUUCAUGAAGAGGUUGUUUCUUUCUAGGCAGAGGAAGUUGCUCAAGAGUCGCAAGUUUGAUGUUGAGAGGUUUAAGGAACUUGAGAAGAAGUGGAAGAUGACGUCUUGCUCUUCUUCUUCAUCUUCGUAUCAUUCGUGCCAUGCGAACGCAUCAAUUCGGAAAUGUGUUGGGGUUGAUCUUGAUUUAGAGGAUUCUUUGCAUAGUCGCAGCAACUGAUUCAUUCGGUUUCUGGUUUUCUAACCAUUAUUCACAUUUGGUUUUAUAUGCUAUAACCAAUGUCUCUGGAGGCUUCUUCAUGUUUGAUUCCUUGUUGUUUACAAAAAAGAAUCCAAUGGGUGUUUAGUUUUGCAGUAGUCAAUGGAUAUUGAGAAUUUUUAUUUGAUAA